GCAGAUGGAGGUGGCAGGGUACAUGAGUGAUGGGGACAUCCUGGGAAAGAACGGACGGAUGGAUGAGAUCACCAGCGGAUACCUUACAGACGGCGGCCUUCAUCUGUAUGCGCGGAACGCAGGGCGAGCCUCAGACGCAGCUUCUUCUCGAGAAAUCUCCCAGAGAGGGAGCAAAGAGGUGCAGGGUGACAUCGACAGUUGGGACGACAGCAGCUCGGUGAGCAGCGGCCUGAGCGACACGUUGGACAACAUCAGCACCGACGAUCUGAACACACCCGCCUACUCCGCCGUCAGCUCGUCACGCAAAAGCAAAGGAGCACAGUCACAGAAAGGCAGCAGGUCCAAGCAUGCGGGCCAGGAGGUGAGCAGCAGCUGGGCCGGAGCAGAGGACUUAAAGAAGGUGGAGGAAGAGCUGGACUCGAGCAUGGACCCAAGCAGCAGCUCCUCCCGAUGGAAGUCUACCUCAUCCUCGUCCUCCUCGUCGUCUCAAGCCCAGGGCCAGUACGAGGACGCGGGUCAGAAGGCUGCCGCGCUGGCCCAGAUGUCCCAAACGGGCUCGUGGAGGAGGGGCAUGACGGCCCAGGUGGGCAUAACGCCACCCAGGACCAAAGGAGCCUCUGCUGCCCUCAAAUCACCAGGCAAAACUGAUGAUGCUAAGGCCUCAGAGAAGGGCAAAGCGCCUUCCAAGAGUUCAGCUGGCAUCCAGCGCUCCCCCUCGGACGCCGGGAAGAGCAGUGGAGACGAAGGUAAGAAGCCUCCCUCUGGAAUCGGACGCCCACCGACCACUGGUUCUUUUGGAUACAAGAAGAUCCCGGGUACCGCUGGUACUUUAAUCACCUCCAGCGGUGCAACGCUAGCCAGCGGCUCGGCCACAUUGGGCAAGGCGCCCAAAUCCUCAGCCGGCCUCGGCAAAGGAGCAGGCAUCGGCGGCGUGCGUAAAACUAGUCUGGAUGGCUCGCAGCCCGAGGAUGACGGCAUCCUCCUCAGCUGCGGCUCCAAAGUGACCCUGCAGUACCGCUCUCUACCCAGACCAGCUAAAUCCUCCAGCGGGGCGGCGGCCGGGCGCAGCAGCGGGCACCGCUCCAGCUCCAGCAGCGUCGACUCCAAUGUCAGUGGCAAGUCGGCGGCGACGCAAACGGGCGCCAAGCGCAGGGAUGGAAAAGUGGGCUCGGACCGCUCCAGUCCUAUUACCAUCAACCAGACGGACAAAGAGAAAGUGUCGGUGUCAGACCAGGACGCAGCAGCAGCAGGACUGUCCACGUCCCCUAAGUCCAGCCCCACGUCCAGUUCAGCGGGCCAGUCGGGCCUCAGGCAGCCCGGCUCCAAGUACCCUGAUAUCGCUUCUCCUACGUUCCGCAGAUUGUUUGGUACCAAAGCCAGCAGCAAGGCCAGCUCUCCGGGCACGCCCGACUCGGGCAAGUGCCCCUCAUUACUGGGCAGCCCCCACGGCACGCUGGCGAGACAGGCCAGCCUGGACUCGCCCUCCUCCGGCACGGGGAGCCUGGGCAGCGCUGGCGGCAUGAGUGGUGGCAGUAGCCCCCUUUACGGUAAAACCCCAGACCUGUGCGCCGACUCCCCAGCCUCCAGCCCGGCCUCUGGCCUCUCGCUGCCCUCCAACGCUCGGCCCUGGCCUGCCUGUAGCUCGUCAGCGGGCAGCAAGGACACACUGAGCUGCCAAAGCAUGACCAGUCUGCACACCAGCUCUGAGUCCAUUGAUCUGCCGCUGGGCCACCACGGACCCAAGGUUACGCGAACCGGCAGUGUCAAGUCCACCCUGUCAGAGGGCAUGCCUCUCGACAGAAACACGCUUCCCAAAAAGGGACUGAGGUACCCGCCCUCCUCCCGGCAGACGUCCCACGAGGAGGGGAAGGAGUGGUUAAGGUCCCAUUCUACAGGGGGGCUUCAAGACACUGGCAGCCAGUCCCCACUGUCUCCUCCUGGAGCUGCCUGCACCACCACUGGAAAAUACCACUACUCCAACCUGCUGAGCCCCACAAACAUCAGCCAGUACAACCUGCCACCGGGCAGCACCAGCAUGAGCCGCUCCAACAGCAUCCCCGCACAGGACUCCUUCGACCUGUACGGAGAGGGUCACCCGCUGGGUGGCAGCGCAACCUCCCUGGAGGACCGACCACGGGGCAUCAGCCGCUCGGGCUCCUUCAGGGACAGCACUGACGAAGUCCAUGGCUCGUCAUUGUCUCUGGUCUCCAGCACGUCCUCACUCUACUCUGCGACGGAGGAGAAAGCACACUCCGAGGGCCAAACAGUCCUAAAUUCCACGCAAAUCAGAAAGCUGCGUCGGGAGCUGGACGCGUCUCAGGAGAAGGUGGCGACCCUGACGUCUCAGCUGUCUGCCAACUCUCACCUGGUGGCCGCCUUCGAGAAGAGCCUGAGUAACAUGACCUGCCGCCUGCAGAGCCUCACCAUGACCGCCGAACAAAAGGAGUCUGAGUUGGUAGAGUUGCGGGAGACGAUAGAGACGCUGAAGACCCAGAACACAGACGCACAAACAGCCAUCCAGGUGGCGCUCAAUGGCCCAGACCACCUCCAUAAAGACCUACGGAUUAGACGGCAACACUCUUCAGAAAGUAUGUCCAGUAUCAACAGCGCAGCCAGUCACUCCAGUAUGGGCAGUCUGGGAAAGGAUGCUGAAGACAAGAAGAAGAAGAAGAAGAGCUGGUUACGCAGCUCCUUCAAGCAGGCGUUCAGCAAGAAGAAAAACAAAUCCCAGUCAGCCCAUGAUGAAAUGGACGAAAUGACCGACUCGCUUCCGUCCUCUCCCAAACUGCAGCACGACAACCGACAAGGCAGCCUGGCCACUCUGCACUCCUCACCCUCCACCACAGAGCUUUGUGAAUGCACGGAGGCCGAGGCUGAAAUCGUCCUGCAGCUGAAGAACGAGCUGAGGGAGAAGGAGCUCAAGCUGACGGACAUCCGGCUAGAGGCGCUAAGCUCCGCCCACCACCUGGACCAGAUCCGAGAGGCCAUGAACCGCAUGCAGAAUGAGAUCGAGGCGCUGAAAGCAGAAAACGAUCGUCUUAAGUCCAGCGGGAACGCCACGCCGACGGCCACGCCUGUGAAGACGGCCCGGCCGCCCUCCGAGACCUCCAGCACGUCCUCGUCCUCCUCGCGCCAGUCCCUUGGACUGUCGCUCAAUAACCUCAACAUCACCGACACCAUCAUGUCAGACAUUCUGCUGGACGACGGCUACGAGGGAAAUCUACGCAAGGAGGGCCGGAGCGUACGAAUAGUGGUUGCCAUCAGCAGAGGGCCAAAGACCACCAAGGGCAAACAUAGUCAGGAGUACCUGAUUGGCUCGAUCGGUGUGAGCGGCAAAACAAAGUGGGAUGUCCUGGAUGGAGUAAUCCGACGCCUCUUCAAGGAGUACGUGUUUCGUGUGGACCCUCUUACCAGCCUUGGCCUCAGCUCAGACAGCAUCGUCUGCUACAGGAUGGGCGAGGUGGUUCGCUCCCACACUUCUGAAGUGCCUGAGCUGCUUCCCUGCGGCUACCUGGUGGGCGACAACAAUGUCAUCAAGGUCAACCUCAAAGGUGUGAAGGAAAACAGCAUCGACAGUCUGGUGUUCGACACGCUGAUCCCCAAACCCAUAGUCCAGCGGUACCUCAACCUGUUGAUGGAGCAUCGACGAAUCAUCCUCUCAGGACCCAGCGGCACGGGCAAAUCCUUCCUUGCUGCUAAGCUGGCCGAGUACAUCAUCUCUCAGAUGGGGCAGGAGGUGACGGAGCACAACGUGGCCAGCUUCAACGUGGACCAGAACUCCAGCAAGGACCUGCGUCAGUACCUGUCCACACUGGCAGAACAGUGUAACUCUGAGGAAACGGACACAGAGCUCCCCACUGUGGUCAUCCUGGACAAUCUGCACCACAUCGGUUCUCUCAGUGACAUAUUCAACGGCUUCUUGAACUGCAAAUACCACAAAUGCCCUUAUGUUAUUGGGACCAUGAACCAGGGAGUGUCUUCCUCUCCCAACCUCGAGCUCCACCACAACUUCAGGUGGGUUCUGUGCACCAACCACACCGAGCCAGUCAAAGGCUUCCUGGGCCGUUUCCUGCGGCGGAAGCUGAUUGAGACGGAGAUCAAUAAGAACAUGCGCAGCAAUGACCUGAUUAAGAUCAUUGACUGGAUCCCCAAGACCUGGCAGCACCUCAACGGCUUCCUGGAGGCUCACAGCUCCUCUGAUGUCACAAUAGGCCCCCGUCUCUUCCUGUCGUGUCCCAUGGAUGUCGAAGGCUCUCGGGUUUGGUUCACUGACCUCUGGAACUAUUCUCUGGUGCCCUACCUGCUGGAGGCGGUCAGGGAGGGGCUUCAGCUGUACGGCAAAAGAGCAGCAUGGGAGGAUCCAGCCAAGUGGGUGAACGACACGUAUCCGUGGAACGCCGCAGCUCGCCAGCAAGAAGGCCAGUCGCUGCUCCAGCUCAGGCCGGAGGACGUCGGAUACGAAGGCUACAGCUCAUCCAAGGAGGGAGCCUCAUCCAAGCAGGUGUCUCAGAGUGACACGGAGGGAGACCCACUGAUGAACAUGCUGCUACGGCUGCAGGAGGCAGCUAACUACUCGAGCACGCAGAGCUGCGACAGUGACAGCACCAGUCACCAUGACGACCAGCUGGACUCCUCGCUUGAGUCGGCUCUAUGAGACACCCGGGACGCUUUGAGCCCUCCAACGCUACCAGACAUCCCUUAAGUGCACGGAUGCAUCGUAUAUGAAAAGUUUUAUCAUCCAGAAUGGUAUACCCGGCGUUUCACAGAAAACACUUUUUUUUUUAACCUGACAAAGGUGAAAUAUUUGAUCAGAUUAUCAUAUUUAAAGAGGAGGAUCAUAUUUAGUCCUAAGGGAUCAAAAUGCGAAACUAUUGUGAAAUCGGCUCCAUUUUAUUUUCAAUACAUUUCAUUUGGACUGGUCAUUUUACAAUGGAUGUAUGACAUUUUAGAGUACGACUUUUCAAAUAUGUGUGUAAAUGGGUCAUGUCUGACGAGGGACAGAGGCUCCUCUGAAGUCGACCUCUGAGGAGUAAAUCCCGUCACUCGUUUUAAGUUGAACUUUGGGUCUCCAAAGUGUCGAGAAAAAAAGAAAAAGCCAAGAGUUUGUCUUAACAAGACUGGACUUUUCUUUUCUUUUCUUUUUAUCCCAGAUAUAUAUUCAGAUGUUUACAAUGGGGGGGGGGGGGGGGGGGGGGUUAGGGUUCUGUUGUUUAUGUCUCUCCUUGUUUACAGAGGUGCUUCUCACACAGACACAUACAUUCAUACACAUGCACUUAAACACAGGCAGCAGGAGGACGCCGGCCUUUAAUCAGGGGCUUCAAUUGGUCUAAGCCCCCCCAUGUGACCAACAAUCCAGCCUGCUGAAAUGUCAUUGAGCAUGGCACCUUUUUUAUACCACUGUAGGACCCCCACGUCUAACCCGCCUGUCUCACUAAGAGGAAGAUUUUGGGGCGUUUUAGGUGAUUUAACUCCCUCUAGUGGUCAAAAUGGAGGCUCUCAACUGUUGAAUUUCUUCAAUCACAUAUCAGUUUAAAUGUAAUUGCUUGUGCUUUAAGUAAUGGAAAAGCCAACAAUCUGUUGUAUAAUUAAACUGGCUUCUUAAAAGUCACCACUUUAGAUACGUCUCUCCUUGUUUACCACUAUAUCAUCUUAUUCGGGUGGUCUUUGCCUUUCCUGCGCAUUGAGACAAUUCUGCAACUCCGUGAUGUAGAAAUUCGCUGAGCCUCUAUAGUCAAACUAGCGUCACAAGAAUGACUUUUUUUCAUGACAUAGCGCUCACAGCCCUCCUCCUCAGGGGUCAGUCGAGCCUCAUGGUGCUGGUCUCCCUCCCUGAACCUCCACAGUGUCAGGCACUGCCAAGCCGCUCCUCGCUGCCCUGCGUGCCAACAACAAGCACAACGAAAAAAAGCGCAUUGUCUGUGUGUCAUCCAGCAACGCUGCUACUGUGAAGAAAGGAAGUAGACAAGUGCCAAUGUUUCCCUUUGAUUUACUGCCAAACGUGCACACAAACACACAAACGCACACACCCACGAUUCACAGCGGACCAUGGUUGUAUACUUAGAUUAAGUAUUGUUCUUGGCUUUCCACGCUCCACGGCCUGUUGUCACUCUUCAGUUAAGAAUUCACCGCAAAAACAGCAUGAAGCGCCCUCUGUGGGUCAUCACAGAAAUGUUUCAAGUGACCGUUAGCUUAACUUCAACAGAUGUUCAAAGGAUAGCUAUGUUUGUCAAGCUUAAAACUCCUCCACAUGUUAAAAUGUGAGAAAAUAAAACUUAAAUAUAAGGAAAUAGCUGCAAAUAUAAGCAACAAUUUUCAUAUUAGCACUUUUCAUAAUUGGUUAACCAGCUUGCAGCCUCAGUAUUUACUCAGUGUUACCCCCUAAACUUCUUUAUGUGUUCAGUUAGGAGUAGAACAACUUUCAACUCUAUCAUCCACAGCGGAUAGAAUCGAAUAGUCUUUCCUUCCUUUGUCUUUUCUCAUCCUUUAAAAAACACCAGGGUUGUGUCUGAAAUCAUACACUCAUUCACCUACUCACCUAAAAGUGAAAAGGAAGUGAUUUCACACACGGCCCAGGUCUUACUAGCUUAAUCGACUCCUCACCAGUCGAUUAAGCUAGUAAGACCUGUAUCAUUAGCCUCAGUCUUUUGGGCUUGUAUUAUUUGUAUCACCUUAUCAAGAGUAUCAUUUAAAAAAAUGAUAAAUUAAACAUUAAAAACUAGCUUACUAGCUCUUUUUUUUCAUGAAGCUACAGCUGACAAAGCUGAGCGGCUGCUUUUAUUUAUCUUCAUUCUGAACACUCAAGAACCAUAGUUUCAAAAAUGAUGACGAGAUUUAGACGCAACAUACACGUGUUAUUUAAAAUAAAAAAUAGAUGUGAGGAUUUAAAGCUUGACAAACAGAAACAGUGACUUUGGUAGUCGGGACUAAGCUAACGGUCAGUCGUAAGUGAAGUCAGAGGGUAACCUUUAUGGAAAACUAAGCAAAAAAUAAAUAAACCUGAAAGUCUAACAUGAACAGAUAUGAUACAGAGCUAUUAUAAGAACACAUGAGUGAUAUUGAGCUGACAGUGUCCUGUAUGUGGAAGCUUCUGGUUCUCAUGUGAUCGUCGUGCUCAGCAGCUGCAUCCAUCUGAGAUCUUUGUUGUACCAAAAAGAAUCCAAAGUAUUUCUCAAUGCAAGAUCAGCGCGAGAGCUGAGUAAUGGAACAAUGAUACUGGUGCUUUCUCACUGCCUUAAUUGUGCAAAGAUUUGGGAUGCGUCCUGCGCUCCCAUUGGCUAUAGUGAGAAAUAGAGAUGUGAUGUCGGAUGAUGAUUAUCUGCUUCCUGCUACGUCAAAGAAGCUGAUAGUAGUAAAAAACAAAACAAAAAAAACAGCCUCUUUUUUUAAAUUAUUGUUGAAGUCUCUUCCUCCAAACCUCCCUUUUAUUGUUUCUGACAUUUAAAGUAUAAAAGAGUUGAUGCUGUAUUUGAAUUAUAUCUGACCAAUAUUGUAAAAACAUUUGAAAAGGGGUGGGGUGUUUUUUAAGUUGUUUUUUGGCCCAGUUGAGCUGGGCUCACUUGAACUGACAGGAGCACAACCAAACGGAUUUUGGGUUUUCUAGCCUGACGAGCAUGUUUUGAAGCUUUUUAAACGGGGAUGCAUUGAGAAGAGACCUUUAUGUAUGCGUGUAUCGGACGGAAGCCAUUUAGAAUUUUGAUUGUCCUCUCUUUGUUUAUCAAGUGGGUUGGUUUUGCACACGAUGAGGUUGGGGUGGGUUGUAUAUACUUAAGUCUUGCACAGUAAAUCAAAGAUGCAUUCUGCCCUGUUGAUGUUACAAUAUGCUUAACCCGCUGAGUAAAUUAUUGUACAGCGAGAACGGAGAGAGAAAAAAAAAAGAAAUGCAAAAACCCGACAUGCUGUCAGAAGCAGGUGUGUGUCUUGUGGUGGUUGGAUGUUUUGCCUAUGCAGGAGGUAUACGGUGUACAGUAUCGAACUGUCUUUAACUCACAAAAAAAUCACAUCCUGAGAACACGAUAUAGACACUUUCCCACUAUAUUCCCCCAUAUUUCCCGUCUUUAGGAAUGCCUGUUGUUCCUUAGAAGCACUUCCUCUCUGGACAUUUUAACCCAAGCGUACCGCCACGUUAGGCUCGCAGGCUGUCCGAGGCACUGAAGCUGACCUGACACCGUACUGUAUACAUUCAACGACAAACCAACAGGUGCUACUGGUCAGUAAGAAGCCCAUCAGAGACCAAGACGUCAUGUUCUCUCAACCUCAGGACAAUCCUAUCCUCUACAAUCCUACCUGUGUUCAGCUUCUCCCGUGUCUCUGCAGCCAAGCCUCGCAUUUAUUUUGAUUUAUCUGACCGCCGUGGACGACCUUGUGUCUGCAAAGGUGGGCAGCAGUUGCAGGAUAAGGGGGGUAGUUACUGUGGUGACGGGUUCUUCCGCACCUACAGUUACGCCCACAUAUCAUACAGCUUAGAUCUCCAAUAAUUCAAACACUCUCCUGUUAUAGGCGCAUGAGUUCUCGAGCACGCAGAACGUUGACACCGUAAACAGUGUACACUAUAGUCUCAAUUAUCAACCGGUAUUUUCCCCCACAUUACACUUCGCAGUUAAAUCUCAGUUGAAAACCAUAUAGCAUUUACUCUGGGUUAAGAAAAAAAAAAUGUUUCUUUUUUCUUUUUGGGUGAAACAUUUGUCCUUAAAUGUUUUAUAUUUUGUACAUUUGUAUGUAACAUAUCAUGUAAAUAGACAGAGACAGUGAUUUAACUCAUCUGGAGGAUUUUGUAGUCUUUGUAAAGCCCUAAUAAAUGGUAUUUGGUGUCACACGA